CAACACAUGAGCAUAGCAAGCAUUGCUUACAUUUUGGCAUUUCGAUAUUUUCUCAAUAUAUCCAUUGCAUUUUUUCUUUGUGACUCAAAUAGUUAAUAGUUAAUCGGUGAAAAUGGUGCGUAAAUUGAAAUAUCAUGAAGAAAAAUUAUUGAAGAAGGUCGAUUUUAUGAAUUGGCCGGUCGACAAUAAUUUACAUGAAGCUAAAGUGAUGAGAAAAUUCCAUAUUCGCAAACGUGAGGAUUAUACAAAGUACAAUAAAUUAUCGCGAACGAUUCGAGACCUGGCGAAAAAGAUUAGUGAAAUCGAUGCAAAACAUCCCUUCCGAACCGAAAUGAGUGCCACAUUGUUGGAGAAAUUGUAUGUGCUUGGAUUAAUACCAACAAAGUGGGAUCUCAAUAACGCAGUCAACAUUUCGGCCAGCAGUUUUUGUCGACGACGUUUACCUGUUGUUAUGGUUCGAAAUAACAUGUCAGAGUUCAUAAAGAAUGCGACCGAUCUUAUUGAACAAGGUCAUGUUCGUGUUGGUACAGAUGUUGUUAAAGAUCCGGCAUUUUUAGUUUCACGAACACUAGAAGACUUUGUCACGUGGGUCGACAGUUCUAAGAUUCGUAGACAUGUCAUGGAAUACAAUAAUAUGAGAGACGACUUUGAAUUAUAAGACAGCACUCUAGGGCCCAAUAAAUGCACAUCUUUAGAUAUACAUAUAUAUACAAUAACUUUUAAGCAAAAAUUCAAAAAAUAAAUAAAAUACGAAAUUUUUUAUUUUUGAAAAA